UCUUGCUUUGAACCCGUCAAGUUAAAUGCGGGAGAAACAGUAGUAACUAUAAAGGUGACGUCGGCAGAUGGCGCCAACACUCAAGUGUACAUUAUAAACGUUACUAGAGAGCCAGUUCCUCUAGCUGUGACCUUCUGUGAUGUGAGAGACCAGAUGGAGUUUGAGUGUCCUGUAUCUUUAAAUGCCCUGUACAAACCCGUGUCAAUACAUCAGAGUGAACCAAAGACAAUAAUUUCAGCCCCAUAUAUUGACAUGCUGAUGCGGAGGUCAAAAGUCGAUCCGUUUACUGAGCGUCCCUUGGGAGAGGCCUGGAAAGUCCUGGAGUCAGAGCUCGACCAGAGAAUGUCUAACGCUCCUGUUAAAUGUUUCUUCUCAUAUCGUGGAUGCAAACAGCAGAUGAGAUAUGCAGAGAUUGGAGCACAUGCAAAAGAGUGCCAUUACAAACCGUCAUCAGAUCUAGAUUCUGUGGACAUUACAGAAACAAACUGGUACAGAAAAUAUUUUGCAUCUUUACAUAACUUGGAAAUAAUCACUGAUCACACGCUUGAGAUUCGAAACUGGGAGAAAAGAUUGCAGACGGCAUUUGGAGAACAUGAUGUAGAUAGUCUGAUUGCCAAUGCAGAGCAACACUUCAGACUCUACAAGAAAAGGCUUCCUAAUCCAGGUGACAUGAUGCAGUAUGAUCCAGGACAGUCACCUCUGGAUGAUCUGGAGCAGGCUGCCAUCCACUACGCUACUGCCAUUAAGGUUAAACCUCACAAUGCUAAACUGCACUUUCUUCUUGGGCAGACACUAGAGGAGCAGUACUACGCAGUAGAGAUGUACGGCCUAAAAAAGGAGGCUCAGGAAGAUGACCAGGAUCUUGGCCAGGCCAAGUCUGCCGGGAGGCAGGAAGAGAUCUUGGCCAUCUGCAGGCUUCAUGGCUUUCCUGGAACACCGACAACAGAGAACCAGCUCCAAGCCCUUGACAUGGAGAUACAAGAUCUUAAACAGCAGAGCCAGUCAGCAAAGGCUGAUUAUGUCCAGACACUGUUCCUCUGGCUGUCAAAAAAAGCUGGAAAGGUGACAACCAGCAAUACGGUGCAGUACUGCCACAUACUAUAUCAGGGUGUCAAGCAGAUUACUAGAGAAGAUUACUGAUAGAAAUUUAAUGCAAAAAGGAGAUCACAG